GAGGAUGCUGAGAUAGGGACAGUGGUUGCCUUGGUGACAGUAACUGAUAAAGAUGGAGGUAAAAACGGCCUCACCAAUUGUAAGCUUAUUGGGUCUGUUCCAUUCAAACUGAAAUCGAACUACAAAAACUAUUAUACAUUAGUGGUUGAUGGGCCUCUUGACAGAGAGAGCGCUUCUCAGUAUAAUGUCACCAUCACAGCUACGGAUGAAGGGACCCCGCCUCUCUCCAGCACCAGCYUUAUUACUGUACACGUUUCUGAUGUAAAUGACAACGCUCCUCGCUUCUCAGAACCCGUGAUUAAUAUUUAUGUGAAAGAGAACAGUCCGGUAGGAGACGUCAUUUAUACGAUGUCUGCUUUUGACCCAGAUUCAGAUGAAAAUGCAAAGAUGACGUAUUCAUUAUUAAAUACAAGUGUUCCAAUAUCAUCAUCUGUAAAUAUAAACUCGGAUACUGGAGAUAUAAUCAGUCUGCAGUCUUUUAACUAUGAGGAGAUACAAACUUUCC